GACCUUGAUACUGAAAUUAAUGAGAGAAAAGAAAGUGAAAGUCUUGAAUUAAUAAACAAACCUACAAGUCAACUAAAAAAUAGUGAUAAUUCAGACUUAUCGGAAAAAGAAUUAACUACCCAAGUACUAAUAGAGAAAGAUACAGAAAAAAUAUCAGCAUCUAAAGAAAAAGCAGAAUCUUUUAAUAUACCA